ACAUCAAUUGAAGCAAGUAAACUAGCCGUUGGCAUCAGUGCAUCACCAUCUUGCCCUAACAUCCGCGCAGCGCGUUACAUCUGAAACCGCUCGUGUUACGAUCUAAUGUCUUUUUUUUUCCUUGAAAAAAUUCAGAUAACAGCAGAUACAAGCUAAUUUCUCGAGGGAUUUCAAGAACCAUUGAGUCUCUAAUUACCGAAGAGGAGAAUAGGGUUUCACUGCUCAGUAAUGGCUGAAAUUUCUUCCCCUUGUAUGGUGCCAUCGUUUUCCCAGCCUUUCUUAAAGUCCUGUGAUGGCCAUGAGGGAGAUAUUCUUCGUGCUCUAACAUCUUCAAUCUCGUUUGGGAGAUACAUGUCAGAAUCGUUAGCUUGGGAUAAAUGGUCAACAUUUACUAAUAAUAAUUACAGAGAAGAAGCUCUGAGGUAUUCCAGACCUGGUUCUGUUGCAGAGAAGAAAGCUUUCUUUGAAGCCCGGCUUAAGACAGGGGCUGCAAAAAAACCUGCAGCUUCUCCUUCUACUCAGCAAAAAACUGACCAUUCCUCUGAAACUGGUGAAUGUGGCCAGGAAACUGCCAUAGCAGUACACUCAGCAGUACAACAGCAUAUAUGCAGUGAAGAGCAAGUGGAACCAGACCGAGGCACUGACAAGAAUAAGUUGUGUAAAUAUGAGAAAAUGAACAUAGGGGUUGCUGCUACAUCAGGAGACCCACUAGUCUUGCACAGCUCACCGCAUUCAUCAACAACCAUAAAGCAAUCAGCUAAAUAUGGAUUACCUAAUCCUCAACCUGUUAAGCCACCGUCUGUUCCACCCAAGAAGACUGACAAUUGUACCUCAAGCAGUAGUAAGCAGGAGUCUACUAAAAGGUCAGCAACUAAAAAGCAGUUCACUCCAAGAACUCUUCAUGUGUCAACAAUGAAGACGGAACGUGAUGACCAUGAGCCAAUAAAAAAGUCUUCUCCAAUUGUUCUGAAGAUUGUAGAUUCUAAAAUUGUCAGAGCAAUGACCAAUACAACUUCAGAGUGCAGAUUCAAAAAAUAUCCUCUUAAGGUGAACACUGAAGAAAUGCAUCCAGAUGAAAAAGAACAAGAAAUUGCCGUUCCCAAACAAACAGAAGAACCUAUACUCAGUAGUAAGCAGGAGUCUACUAUAAGUUCAGCAACUAAAAAGCAGUUCACUCCAAGAACUCUUCAUGUUUCAACCAACAAGAUGGAACAUGAUGACCAUGAGCCAAUAAAAAGGUCUUCUCCAAUUGUUCUGAAGAGUGUAAAUUCUAAAAUUGUCAGAGCAAUGACCAAUACAACUCUAGAGUGCAGACUGAGAAAAUCUCUUCUUAGCGUGAACACUUUAGAAAUGCAUCCAGAUGAAAAAAAAGAUCAAGAAAGUGCAGCUCUCAAUCAAACAGAAGAACCUAUACUCUGUCAGAAUACGGUGAAACUGAGUGAUUAUACAUCAUGUCUAGAUGAGAAUAUUGAACCAAAGGAGAGAACUGUUACAAUGGGAGAAUCAGAUGAGACAACUUGUUCAUCUGCAGCUAUGACACCUGCUAUAAAAGUUGGAUUGCUUAAGCCACGACCUAUGAAGCCACCACCAUCUAUUCAGUCCAAGAAGAGUGAGCAUUCUACUGCAGGAGCCCUCGAUGUGACAGUCAGAUUUGAGCACCACGAAUCAAUAAAAAAAUCUUCUCCGGCUCUUCAGAAGAUGGUCAAUUCCAAGUUUGUCCGAGCAGUAACUGAUAAUACAACUCGAGAGAGCAGAUCUAAAAAAUCUCCCAUCAGGGCAACUGGCUAUUCAUUACCAAAACAUGUAUUAUCUGAGCCAGCAAGCACAAGGGGCAGCAAUUUUUUAUCUCCAAGAGCAAAUAUAAGUACAACAAAACCUUCUUCCAUUACAUGCUCUUCAUUCGUCUUCAGGAGUGAGGAAAGGGCAAUAAAGCGUAAAGAGUUCAAACAGAAGCUAGAACAGAAGCUGAAAGAGGAGAAGCAGAUGCAAUCAAAAACAACGGAUAAAAGAACGAACGUCACUAAUCAUCUGAAAAGAGGAGAUUCACCUCAUAACACCAUGAAGAAGAUGCCAGAAGUACAAAAGCCUGUCUGGAAAGUCCAAGAGAAUAGUUCCAGACCACCCUGGAGGGUUUCAAUAAAACCUGAUAGCUCCAAAGAAGCUGUUGUGGUAAAGCCCCAAACCCCCCUCUCCCGUUCGGCCAAAUCAAUUGUGGCCUCAUAUAGAAAUGCAAAUGCUUCCUCCCACACAUCCAGGUUUGAGUAUAAAAAGGGCAAUGUUGAUUGUAAAGAACAGUGAAAAGCACAGAUUGAUAUUUUCUCUAUAUCUCCUCUUACCCGAAAUGCAUAUAUUGAUUUGUUCUAAUAUUGUUGAGGGUCUGGACACCAAUAACCAAGCAG